AUGUUUACCAAGGCCUUUCGGGUCAAGUCCAACACGGCCAUCAAGGGGUCGGACAGGAGAAAACUUCGGGCUGAUGUGACCGCUGCUUUCCCCAACAUUGGAACCGACCAGGUCUCAGAGUUAGUACCUGGAAAGGAAGAGUUGAACAUUGUGAAGCUGUAUGCUCACAGAGGGGAUGCAGUGACUGUGUACAUGAGUGGUGGUAACCCCAUCCUAUUUGAACUGGAGAAAAAUCUGUAUCCGACAGUGUACACUCUGUGGUCGUUUCCUGAUCUUCUACCAAUCUUCACAACAUGGCCUCCAGUACUCGAGAAGCUGGCAGGGGGAGCAGAUUUGAUGCUUCCAGGAUUAGUGGUGCCACCUGCUGGUCUGCCUCAAGUCCAGAAGGGCGACCUAUGUGCCAUCACUUUGGUGGGGAACAGAGCGCCCAUUGCAGUUGGAGUUGCUGUCAUGUCCACAGCUGAGAUGCUGACUUCAGGCUUGAAGGGAAGGGGCAUCUCUGUGCUCCACACUUACCAGGAUCACUUGUGGAAAUCUGGAGACAAGUCCUCUCCACCUUGCAUUGCUCCACUGACGGUGGAUCCCCCAGAUCUCGAUGAAGAGAAGGGCUCUGUCCAGGUGGACCCCGCCCUACAGGAAGACAUGAGGCGCCUGCAUGUGAAGGGAGAGGAAGAUGAGAAUGGAGAGGUUCCUCAGCUGUGUGAGAAGUCCCAGUCAGAAGCUUCAGAAGAUACCAGUGUCGGGGCUGUGAAUCCAGAUACGACAGGCAGUAAGACCCUUCAAGAGCAAAUGGAUAAACUCUUACAGCGAUGCUUUUUGCAUGCUUUGAAGAGCCGGGUCAGAAAGGCUGACCUGCCUUUGCUCACCAGCACCUUCCUUGGAAGCCACAUGUUCUCCUGCUGCCCUGAAGGACAACAACUGGAUAUAAAGAAGUCGAGCUAUAAGAAGCUCUCUAAGUUCCUGCAGCACAUGCAGCAGGAGCAGGUGAUCCAGGUGAAGGAGCUGAGCAGAGGGGUGGAGAGCAUCGUGGCUGUGGAUUGGAAACACCCGAGGAUCACAUCUUUCGUCAUACCUGAGCUCUCCCCGGUCUCCCAGACUGUCCAGGAAGGUAGCAGGGACCAGCCCUACCACCCUCCACAUAUAAAACCCCUCUACUGUGUCCCAGCCAACAUGACCCUACUCUUCCAGGAGUCUGGCCACAAGAAGGGGAGCUUCCUCGAGGCCAGUGAGGUGCGAACAGUCAUCAUUAACUACGCGAAGAAAAAUGACUUAGUGGAUGCAGACAACAAAAACUUCGUGAAGUUGGAUCCCAUCCUGUGUGACUGCAUCUUGGAGAAAAAUGAACAGCAUGCAGUCCUGAAGCUCCCAUGGGAUAGUCUCCUGACCAGAUGUUUGGAGAAACUACAGCCUGCCUACCAAGUGGUCUUCCCUGGACAAGAGCCCAUUGUGAAGAAAGGGAAGAUCUGUCCAAUUGACAUCACCCUUGCACAGAGAGCUUCUAAUAAAAAGGUGACUGUGGUGCGGAACUUGGAGGCCUAUGGGCUAGACCCGAGCUCGGUGGCUGCCAUUCUCCAACAGCGGUGCCAGGCGAGCACCACCGUGUCUCCUGCCCCUGGGACCAAGGACAGCCUGCAGGUGCAGAUUCAGGGAAACCAGGUUCACCACGUCGGCCGGCUGCUGCUCGAGGAAUAUCAACUCCCUCGAAAACACAUCCAAGGCCUCGAAAAAGCCCCCAAACCGGGCAAGAAGAAGUGACAGACAUACUUUAUGCGGUGGAUCCAGUAGAAAUCCAAGCUUGGGGCUGUUAAUUUAUAUGUGCGUUUUCAGCUUUUGCAAAUAAGAAAUAUAAUUCUUUACCAAAAAUAAAUUUUUAUUAAAACCUAAA